AUGGACAUCGUCUACCAUGCCGGCGUAAACGGGUCUGACCCGUAUGUCGACUUCUACCCAUACACACCAUCAGCCACAGCCGGGUAUGCCUUCAUGGGGAUAUUCGGUAUAACGACACUCGCCCACAUCAUCCUGACAAUCCCCUACCGUGCUGCGUAUUUUAUCCCUCUUAUAUUGGGCGGUGAAACGUUCGGCUAUUACGGACGAGCCCGGUCCCAUCAAUCCAGAACAGACAUCGGAUCCUGGGCGCUGCAGGAAAUCCUCAUCCUCUGCGCUCCACCCCUCAUAUCAGCAACAAUCUACAUGGUCCUGGGCCGAAUCAUCCGCUCCUUCAACGCAGAGCACCUCUCCCCCAUGCGCCCAGGUGUCCUAACAUUCGUCUUUGUCCUGAACGACAUGUUUUGUUUCUGCACCCAGCUCGGCGGAGCCGGCGUCCAAGUCACCGGCGAUCAGAAUAUCAUGGACAUAGGCAAAAAGGUUGUCCUGGCGGGCCUGAUCUUCUCGCUGGUCGUCUUCGUCUUUUUCGUCCUCAUCGCUGUGGCCUUCCACCGGAGGCUUUCGAAGACGCCGCCCACGCGGUUUUUGGCCCUAGAGGAAGAUCUGGGCUGGAGGCGCUAUAUGUGGGGGAUUUAUGGGGCGUGUUUUGCGAUCAUGCUGCGUAAUCUUGUGAGGACUGUGCAGUUUGGGGCGGGUUCGAUGGCUGCGGUGAAUACUAGUGAGGUUUAUAUUUAUGUGUUUGAUGCGUUUAUGAUGUUUUUUUCGAUGUUGCUUUUGGUUUUCUUGCAUCCUGGUUUACUUAUCAAGAAGGCUCGCAGGUUUGGGAAGGUGGAUUUUGAGAGGAUUGGGACGCCGCGGAUGGGUGGGGAGAAUGUUGCUUUGUCUCGGUGCAAGGAUGAGCAGGGUUAUGAGCUAACUUGUGGGACUCGGGGCAAAGGUCUGGUCUAG